CUUCAACUGCAAAGGUAGUCAUUACUUCGAGUACUUUGCAAAGUCUAACCCUGAGAUGGGCCGGCGAUUUGCGAGCAUGAUGGGCGUAUGGAGCCGCGGAAGGCCGCGGUGGUUCUCCGAGGACUACUAUCCAGUCAAGGACCGCUUGAUCGCCGGCGCCGAGCAGGACAGUCCUUUCCUAGUCGAUGUUGGUGGUGGUUCCGGACAUGAUAUUGAAGGUUUACGACAGGCGUUUGAAGGUCAGCUACCAGGUCAGCUCGUCCUACAGGAUCGGCCAGAAAUCAUUGAACUUGCAAAAGUUGGGCCUGGGAUUGAAGGUAUGGUGCACGACUUUAUGAAGGAACAGCCUGUUCGUGGAGCCCGGUCUUAUUACCUCCAUUCGAUUAUUCAAGACUGGAACGAUGACGUGAACACCAGCAUCUUGAAAGCAAUCGUUCCAGCCAUGAAGCGAGGCUACUCCAAGGUUUUGAUUAACGACUUCGUAGUCCCGGACCAGGGCGCGCAUUGGGCGCAAACUUGUCUGGACUGGGAACUGAUGGCGAGUCUUGGAGCACGGCAUCGCACUGAAGCCGAGCACAAGAAGCUAUACGAAGGAGCUGGUCUCAAAAUCACUGGCAUCUGGCGCCAUCCACAAAGUCUGGAUGCAUUGAUAGAGUUGGAACUCUCAUGAGAUGACUAGUGUACAUCGCACGUAGUUGACACGGCGGGCCAGCGUGGCGUA